CGCCUCAAUAAUAAGCCCCAAAACCUCACAAACUCAAAAAGUCAAGGCCCGGAACAGUGCCCGCACACACAAUGGCUACAGCAAACCACACCGAGGCGGCUGCGUCGCAGUUCCACUCCAAAUGGUCUGACAAGUACCGCGGCGCCACCGUCGAGGACCUCGACCCACCCUCCGCCCUCUCCUGCAACCCCUCCGACCCGAUCUCCUAUGCGCUCCUGACGGCCUUCGAGAGGGACUACACGCACCUUACUGUCGUCUCGCAAGACACCCGCGCGCUGCUGGGCUACCUGAGCAUACCACGCCUGCGCGAGCUGAUACAGCAGGGGACGGUGAAGGAUACGGACCCAGUGUCGGCGGCGAUGAUCAAGUUCAGGAGGAAGGCGAACACGUAUAAGGUCAUCACGAUGGAUACACCGCUGGAGGAGCUGGAGACGUUCUUCAUGAAGGGAAGCGAUGGGCAGACGCCGCAGGACUUUGCGGUCGUGACUGAUCUGAGUAGGCGGUUUGUGCUCGGUGUUGCGACUGUCCAUGACUUGGAGGAGUUUGCGAGGAGGAGACCGGCUUGAGAUGGAGGAUACAUAUUAGCGUGGGGGUGAGGGGAGGUUGAUGUUCGAGGGAAGGCUCCUCACGACCACGGCGUUUUUGCUGGCCUUCCUCUCAACCUCACAUUUCGAUGGGGAGAGGGACACCUGCGGCGAUCUCAAACCAUGGCCGUUAUAUGGAUUUUGCUCCUUGGCGGCCGUUUGUUCUUUCUGUUUUGAAUUCGAGGAUCAAGGUGGGAAGCAGCACCAGGUAUCGUGCACCUACCGUUAGUGUUUCUCAACAAACACGCAAUUGGGAGACGAUAUUGACGACUACGGUGACGGAGUUGUGGAGAAGCAUUUGGUAGAAGGCGACAGCUGCCUGAUAUUGGCAUGGGGGUAGACAAAGACAAGAGAGUCUUGGGGCUCUCAUUUAUUCGGGGGAUGUCGGGGUUUGAUAUUUAGCCUCGACGGAGUUGUUGGUACAGGCGUUGUUAUCAGCAAGCAAAACAGACGAUUAGCUUCUUCUUACCUUAUGAGAUGCAAUGCAAUGGUGCACGCCAAUCACUGAUACUACUUGCCAUCGGGUUGAGGAUCAAUAGUCAAGGUGCCAACCAUUGUGCUGUGCCUGGCUGGGUGACACGUUUUUGUACUGCAUGGUGCACUUGACAUAUGCAUGUUUCUCCGCAAAAUAUAUCAUACAUUCUU